AUGUCCUCCCACGCGCACGGCACCCACCUCCGCAACUGGGCCCUCUCCCUCCCGCCCGUCUCCUUCCUCCUGCAACAUCUCCGCCAAACUCUCAUCUCGACCCUACGAUGCGGGCCCAUACCCCAACACAUCGCCUUUGUCAUGGACGGCAAUCGGCGCUGGGCACGUUCCUACGGCGUGGAAACCAUCGAGGGCCACAACAUGGGCUUUGAAGCUCUCGCGCGCAUCCUCGAAGUCUGCUAUAAAUCCGGCGUCAAAGUCGUCACGAUCUAUGCGUUUAGCAUUGAGAAUUUCAAGCGCUCGCGAUAUGAAGUGGAUGCGUUGAUGGAUAUGGCCAAGACGAAAUUGGUGCAGUUGUCUGAGCAUGGGGCUUUGUUGGAGAGAUAUGGAGCUCGGGUGCAGAUUUUGGGGGAUCAGAGUUUGAUGCGGGAGGAUGUUAGGAGGGAAAUGCAAAGGGCUGUGGAGAUGAGUAGUGGGAAUGAAGGGGCUGUUUUGAAUGUUUGUUUCCCUUAUACGGGACGGGAGGAAAUUACGAGGAGUGUGAGGGAGACGGCUAGGGAGUGGAGUGAACCUGAGAGGGAGAUUGAGGGGAAGAGUGGGAGGCCUGGGGUGGGGAAGAGGGCGUUUAGCGAGACGCAUAUUAAGAGGAAUAUUCGGGCCAUGCCUGUGGUUAAGGAGGCGGUGGAGGAGGAGGAGGAGGAGGAGGAGGAAGAGUCUGUGCUGUCGGAUUCGGAUGAUGAUGAGGAUACGGCGAGCAGACAGGAACCCGUGUCUUCGCAUACCAGCCACUCGACCUCUCCCAAUAUGCUCCCUACGAAACCUGCGCGAACGGAAAGGCAAGCGGAAAGACUUCCGGACCCGGAAUCUAUCACCGCGGAUACCCUGACGAAGAACACGUAUACUUCCGACGCACCGCCUUUGGAUCUCCUGAUUCGCACUUCUGGCGUGCAGAGAUUAUCCGAUUUCAUGCUCUGGCAAUGUCAUGAAGAUACGGAGAUUGUGUUUCUGGAGACCCUGUGGCCGGAAUUCGAUCUGUGGCAUUUCUUGCCUGUGUUGCUGGAGUGGCAGUGGAGACAGAAGAAGAAUGGCGGCUACAGUGGGAUUGAGAGUGGAAAGGCGAAGAGAGUAUAG